GCAAAGUGAUCUUAUCCACCAAAGAAAUAGCAAUCAAAUAGCAUCGUGCAUUGUAUAAGUACUCAUACUCCGCACCGCAAAAUGUUUCCCAGCAAAAUAUUUUUCAAGAUCUUGAUCACACUUUUGCUUGCUUUACUGACCUGUUAUUUUAUUGACCACUUGGCGAAGGAAAUCACGUCGAGUUUUUCACUCACAUCAACUGCAUUAAACGUCGGGCAAAUGUUGCUAAAUUCCUUCAGGUCAGAGGACGUGAAAACCACGGACCUGACAUCCGCCGAAGAGCUCGUCAGAGGAUUAACCUUCGACAAGUAUAACGAAGAAAUUUCUUGUAAAAUUCUCUCGAAAAUCAAAAAGGAAGACUUCGAAGAAGUUGUCGACAGAAUAGCCACUCGCCAUAAAAUUCCAGAGAACUAUAAACAGGCGAUUCUGGAUGGGAAAUUUGGCGAAGUGAAUCGAGAAGUUAUCCGUGAAUUCAAAUUCGAGAAAGGAAAACAUGGAACAGUACAGUACGGCCGAACAUUGACAAUCAGAAGAAAAGAUGGCACCAUCGAUUUAGCUUAUGCUUUGUUCUCUUUGGAGUUUAAAUUGUCACCCAUAAGAAUUGAAGAACGAAUACGUAAAAGAUUUCUUUUCAUCACUUACGGAUCCCGUACUAUUGUACGUUUUGAAGAGCGUAAUCUGUCGGAAAAAGACAAGGAUAAUUUAUUCGAUUUCUAUCGUUCCAAGGCUCUGAAAGGAUUCAUGAAAGAAUACCCAGCACUGGAAAUAAAGCGUGAUGAACUUUGAAGACGCUGCGAAAAGCUGAACUCCAACUGAUUCGCUACGAUAAAAUAGAUAGUUAGAUGCUGCACUUAUUAAACAUUUUUUUCUUCGUUUUUUUUAAGCUUCUUGCAUAUGCAUGCAUAAAAAUCACAACUUUUAAUAUAAGAAAUACAUAAAAAAUGCAGGUGCUUUGGAAAAAUUCCUCAUGAUUUAAUUCCUUUUUGGGAAUUAUAAUUGUAAUGCAUGUCAGUGUGAGAGAAACGUUAUAGCAUACAUGGUAUAUUUUUUAAUGUAAUAGUAGAUUAAAGCCAAAAAUUUUAGUAUGAAUAUUAUUGUAGAUUUGAGUUUAUCUCAACCAGGUAGAUGAAAAAUUCAGGACCAGUAAAAUGAUUUAUCGGGUUGUUUUCAACCAGGUUCCCAUACUUUGAUAUACGCAAUUUUGAAUGAAUGUUAAGUAUUACAAGUUUAUUACAAUAAAGUAGUGGUAAUAUCACAAGCUAUUACCAAAUAUGACACCAACAUGUCUUCCACCAUAAAAUUACUACAAUUUCUUAAUCAAAACACACUCCCUUAUAGUCUCCCUCACAGCCUGUUACACUGAUGGGCUUCCUGUGGGCACAGCAAGACCAAUACUAAAACAGGCUUUGAAGAAGACUAUCCCCAGUAUCAAUCAAUCAAUGUAAAGCUUUUAGUAAUGCUUCUGCACAUUCUACAGCAAUA